AUGGGUUUCGGUUCGUUUGACGAGAUUUGCAACAGAACAGCGCUUCCGUUAUCCAAUACGAUGAUUUUUCAAAUUGGUAACGCAUUUGUCCAUUUUGGAGGAUUGAUUACUUUCUUAAUUAUUAUAUUCAACGUGCGUGCUAAAUACACGGCUAUUGGUAGAACCGAGAUGUUGAAUUUUAUGUACUUGCUAAUUGCUUUGAUUGUUAGUUCAUUGAUUGUUGAUUGUGGAGUUGCUCCGCCUAGCUCGUCAACAUAUGCUUAUUUUGUGGCAUUGCAAAUAGGUAUUGCUUCCAGUUGUUGUAUAUGCUUGCUUUAUAACGGGCUAUUGUUUUUCCAGUUCUGGGAGGAUGGUACUAGGAAGUCGAUGUGGUUAUUGAGAAUCGCUUGUUUUUCAUGGGGUGUCGCCAACUUCAUUAUUCCACUCAUUACAUUUAAAUCAUGGAACACUGCUUUGGAUUUCAGAAAAACUACAUUAAUGUUUGUGUUUACUUAUUUGAUAAAUGCUAUAAUACUAGCUACUUAUGUGGUGUUACAAGUAAUUCUUGUUUUUAUUCUUCGGUCAAAAUGGGCAUUUGGGUCAAUACUUCUUGGUGUGUUUUUCUUUGUUGCUGGUCAAAUCUUGACCUAUGUGUUUAGUGAAGGAAUAUGCAAAGGUGCUGCACAUUAUGUCGAUGGCUUAUUUUUUGGAAGUGUUUGUAAUGUGUUUACAGUAAUGAUGAUAUACAAGUUUUGGGAUCAAUUAACAACUGACGAUUUGGAAUUCAGUGUGGCCAAUGUUGAACAAGUUGUUGGUGAGUUUGGUGGUAAUGGCAAUAAUACAUUGGACGAAAAGAGUUCAAGUGUGUUUUUUUAA